GCUUCGACCAAAGGUGGUGCGUUCACCAAAGAAGUCAUCAAAGAAAUGGCAAAAAUCAACGAGCGCCCAAUCAUCUUCUCACUUUCGAAUCCUACGAAAAAUUCUGAAUGCACAGCAGAACAAGCCUACAAAUAUACAAAUGGAAAAGUGCUGUACGCUUGCGGAUCACCUUUUGAAAAUGUCGAGUUGAAUGGAAAAGUCUACAAACCCGGUCAAGGAAACAAUGCUUACAUAUUCCCUGGAAUUGGUCUUGGAGCCGUGCUGUUCAAGGCAAAACAUAUUCCAGACAGGAUUUUCCUCUUAGCUGCCAGGAAAGUGGCGACAUUGGUGUCAGAAAAAUCACUCUUCAAAUAUGCUCGGAUCUAUCCACGUCUGAAGAACAUAAGAGAAAUAUCAGUGCAGAUUGCUGUAGAGGUCGGAAACUACCUGUAUCAUCACGAUCUCUCUUCACUGCAUCCUGAACCAGAUGACAUAGUGAGAUCCUUUUUUUGA